AUGGCUUCGCUGUAUCAGAGAUUCAACGGGAAGAUUAGCACCACCAAUUCCUUCCCGCACCCACCUGAGGCCAGUCACCUGCUCGGUGGUCAGGUGGCGGACGAGGAAGCGAAGACCCCUCCGCAACUCGUCGAUGGCAAACCUCCCGGCCAGUACCGCAAAAAAAGCUCGAGGGAGGAUGAGGAUGACCUGGUCGGCAGCGCUCCGCCGCAGAGGAACUGGAAAGGAAUAGCCAUCGCCCUGCUGGUCAUCCUCAUCAUCUGCUCCAUGAUUGUCACCUCCGUCAUCCUGCUGACCCCUCGCGAAGAUGACAGCUUCGCCCUGAAGAAGAAAGUGACGAUAGAGGAUGUUUUCGGGCCAGACCUUCACAUCCAUGACCCAGACGCCACGUGGCUCAGCGACAACGAGCUGCUGUACCGCACACGAGAGGGGGACGUCGUCAAGCUCAACUUCGACACCGAGGAGAGGACCGUUAUCGUUCUGAAACAGCUGUUUGACCGAUCCAGAGCCGCCCGGUACCAAGUGUCUCCGGACAUGCAGCAUGUGUUGUUCGCCUUCGAGGUGAAGCCGCUCUACCGGCACUCCUACGUGGCCAAGUACAUCAUCUACAGCCUCGUGACACAGGAGACGUGGCCUCUGAAGCCCCCUGAAGUGCAUGAAGGAGUCCUGCAGUUUGCCGGAUGGGGACCUCGAGGCGAGCAGCUGAUCUUCAUAUUUGAAAACAACAUCUUCUACAGGUCGACGGUGGUGAACCGAGCGAUCCGCCUGGUUUCCACGGGGAAAGAAGGCGUCGUCUUCAACGGCCUCGCCGACUGGCUGUACGAGGAGGAGGUCCUGCAGACGCACAUCGCCCACUGGUGGUCUCCAGACGGGCUGCGUCUGGCCUACAUGACCAUCAACGACACGCUGGUGCCCAGCAUGGACGUGCCCUUCUUCACAGGAACGCCGUACCCUUCCACCUUGGAGUAUCGCUAUCCUAAGGCCGGGGAAGAGAACCCCACGGUGCACCUGUCGGUGGUGAGCCUCAACGGGCCCCUGCACACCGUGGUGAUGAAGAAACCGGAUGACCCCCGCAUCGGGAGGGAAUAUUACAUCACGAUGGUGAAAUGGGCCACCAGCACGAAGCUGGCUGUCAACUGGCUGAACCGAGGCCAGAACAACUCCAUCCUGACGCUGUGCGAGGCCACGACGGGGGUCUGCAUUAAGAAACACGAGGAUGAGAGUGAGAGCUGGUUGCACAGACAGAACGAAGCGCCGCUCUUUUCCCACGACGGACACAAGUUCUUCUUCACCAGAGCGAUCCCUCAGGGGGGGCGGGGGAAGUUUUUCCACAUCUCCAUGUCCACCUCUAUGCCGAACACCAGCACAGACAUCCUGCAGUCCCUGACUUCUGGAAACUGGGACGUCACCAGGAUUUUGGCCUACAAUCAUAAAAAAAACCUCAUAUACUUCCUGAGCACGGAGGACGACCCCAAGCGACGGCACUUGUACAGCGCCGACACCAUCCCUCCCUUCAACCGCUGCUGCCUGUCCUGUGAGGUCAAGUGCGGCUAUGUGGACGUUUCAUUCAGCCACGACAUGCGCUACUUCCUCCUCGACUGUAAAGGUGAGUAUGUACCGAGUGUGGCCAUCUACAGCACCGAGGACAAACAGAAGGUGUUCGACGUGGAGACCAACGAACGAGUGAACAGCACCUACCGCGAUAUGCAGAUGCCCCGAGUGGAGUACGAGACCAUCACCAUCGGAGACUACACGCUGACCUUGCAGAUCCUGAAGCCGGCCGGGUUCGUGGAUACAGCCCAUUACCCCUUACUGCUGCUCGUGGACGGCACGCCUGGCGGGCAGAUGGUGUCGGAGCAGUUCCGGGUGGACUGGGCCACGGUGCUGGUCAGCAGCUUCAGCACCAUCGUCAUUCGCUUCGACGGCCACGGCAGCGGCUUCCAGGGAACCAACCUCCUGCACGAAGUGAGGAGGCAGCUGGGGAAACUAGAGGAGGGGGACCAGCUGGAGGCCCUCAGGUUCAUAUCCAAAGAGUCCUAUAUUGAUCAGAGUCGAAUGGGAGUUUAUGGAAAGGCCUAUGGAGGAUACUUAGCCACGAUGCUUCUCAGCUCCUUUAACCAGCUUAAAUGUGGCACAGCGGUCUCCCCCAUCACAGAUUUCGAGCUUUACGCAUCUGCAUUCUCGGAGCGAUACCUCGGCUCGAAGACGGAUGCGCGAGUGUACACGACGGCCAAUCUAGCGCACAGAGCCGGUCAGCUGCUGCAGAAGCAGUACCUGAUCAUCCACCCGACAGCCGACGAAAAGGUUCACUUCCAGCACACGGCCAAAUUCAUCAAUCAUUUAAUCAGCGAGAAGGCCAACUACUCCCUCCAGAUCUACCCAGACGAGGGCCACUUCCUGCACGGCGACGGCACGCGGCAGCACCUUAGCCAAUCCCUGGUCAACUUCUUCGAGGUGUGCUUCCGGGCGCCGGAGGUCGUGACCGAGGAGCAGCAGGAAGAGGAAGAGGACGAGGACAACAGUUAAGCGCGCGCGUGCGCCCCUGAGCGGGCCCGGCUCGUGCAGCGCAGCGCAAUAUGCAACGGAACCGUCUUACCCAAUCAACCCACACCACGUGCUGCCCGAACUAAUUAGAGCUGCAGCACAUGCACGCGCUCCAGGGGACACGCCCCCCUCCUCACCUCGUGCUGGCUGCUCGAAAGACUAAAUAAAUCGUCCACGCCCCCCUCUCUCUCUCUGCUAUUGGAAUAUAUGAACUCGCGCGCCCUCUAGCGGACACAUAGAGGAUCACCACGCCGCCCACUGAGCUAUGGCUCUCCAUUCUAAAACAAAGCACAUUAAUUGGGCACUUUCCAGCACAAAAUACCUUCUUUUAAGAUGUAACUUUCCCAAAGGCCCCUUUUUCAACCAAUGUACUGAUGGUUCUGUUCACGAGUAUGAUGACUGCUACUUCCUCAGAACCUUUCUCUGUUCAGUGUUGUGUCUUUGAGUGAAUGUGUGGCUGCAUUAGUCCCUAUAGUUGCUUUACGCAACGAGGGCACACUGUUUAACUCUCGUUGUGCUCCGACGAGCGUCCAUCCUGAAGGGCACGGGGUCACAGCCCCCUCGGGAUUUCUUCCCGAAUUAAAUUCCUGUUCUCUUAGUCGCUGUGCCUUACUGUGGGUGACAUGUUCCUGUUAUUGAACGAUGAGUGCAUAUGGAAAGGCCUUGUCUUGAACCGUGGACUCAAAACCAGAUGAUUUAAUUUUCCUCGAGUAAUAGCCAGUUACUUGAGGGGUAAAUUAAAAUCCCAAAUUAUGGCACAUUUUAAUCUCAAAACAUGGAAAUAACUGAAAAAUAGUACAAGCUUGACAUAUGGUGUCUGGACAAAAAAUAUUUAGUUUGCAAAGAGUUCUUGAUAUUUAACUUCUAAAAACGAGUGAAUGCUGAAUUUCCAUUGUUUUAUCGAUGACUGUGCGUUAAAUGGACGGAUUCCCUUCUGCUCGUGUUGUCAUGGUUUCUAGUCAGCUGAUGUACAAAGUGUAUAAAUCUUAUAAUGUUUAAGUCUUUAUGUUGUAUGUGCAACUUGUAUAUAAAACAUUUUGAAAUCUG